UCCUGGGGCCUCCUGCUCCAUGCUCAGCCGGACAGGACACCUGUCACCCCAUCCAUGGGCAGCAUCCAAGGGCACGGCUGCGUCUGAGGCCCCGCCCCCAUCUGAGUAAUAACCCCGCCCUGAAACCAUGACGACCAGGCUGCCUGCCCCACUGCCGCUGCUGCUCCUGCUGGCCAGGGGCCUAACAUCGCUGGGCGACGCCAGCUUCGGCAAAAAGGAGAUCAAGAUCGACGGUGACCUGGUGCUGGGGGGGCUCUUCCCUGUGCACGAGAAGGGGGCGGGGACUGAGGAGUGCGGCCGCAUCAACGAGGACCGCGGCAUCCAGCGGCUGGAGGCCAUGCUAUUCGCCAUCGACGAGAUCAACCGCGACCCGGCACUGCUGCCCGGCGUCACGCUGGGCGUGCACAUCCUGGACACGUGCUCCCGCGACACCUACGCGCUGGAGCAGGCGCUCGAGUUCGUGCGCGCCUCCCUCACCAAGGUGGACGACACCGAGUUCAUCUGCCCCGACGGCUCGUACGCCCUGCAGGACAACGUGCCGCUAGCCAUCGCAGGGGUCAUCGGCGGCUCCUACAGCAGUGUGUCCAUACAGGUGGCCAACUUGCUGCGGCUGUUCCAAAUCCCCCAGAUCAGCUACGCCUCCACCAGCGCCAAGCUGAGCGACAAAUCCCGCUAUGACUACUUCGCCCGGACGGUGCCUCCCGACUUCUACCAGGCCAAGGCCAUGGCGGAGAUCCUGCGCUUCUUCAACUGGACGUACGUGUCGACGGUGGCGUCCGAGGGAGACUACGGCGAGACGGGCAUCGAGGCCUUCGAGCAGGAGGCGCGGCUGCGUAACAUCUGCAUCGCCACCUCUGAGAAGGUGGGCCGCUCCAACGUCAAGAAGUCAUACGAGGCCGUCAUCCGGCAGCUGAUGCAGAAGCCCAACGCCCGCGUGGCCGUGCUCUUCAUGCGCAGCGAUGACGCUCGAGAGCUGCUGGCCGCCGCCGCCCGCCUAGCCGUCUCCUUCACCUGGAUCGCCAGCGAUGGCUGGGGGGCGCAGGAGAGCAUUGUCAAGGGCCACGAGAUAGCGGCCGAGGGCGCCAUCACGCUGGAGCUGGCCGCCCAUCCUGUGGAGGAAUUCAGCCGCUACUUCCAAUACCUGGACCCGGGAAAGAACAGACGCAACCCCUGGUACAAGGACUUCUGGGAGCAGAAGUUCCAGUGCUCACUGGGUGGGGAAGCAUCACGCAAGCCGUGUGGGAAGCACCUGGCCAUAGACCGCACCAACUUCGAACAGGAGUCCAAGAUCAUGUUCGUGGUGAACGCCGUCUACGCCAUGGCGCACGCGCUGCACAAGAUGCAGCGGACGUUGUGCGCCAACACGACGCGCCUAUGCGACGCCAUGAAGCCGCUGGACGGGAGGAAGCUGUACAGGGAUUACCUGCUCAACGUCAACUUCAGGGCACCUUUCUCUCCGUCCGGCGUGGACAAUGUGGUGAAGUUCGACGCCUUCGGCGACGGCAUGGGCCGCUACAACAUCUUCAACUACCAGAGGCGGGGCGACAGGUACGGCUACGUGCAUGUGGGCGAGUGGGCGGAGACGCUGACGCUCAACAGCGAGCUGAUGCAGUGGCCCCGCCUCUCGGUGCCCACGUCGCAGUGCAGCGACCCCUGCGCCCGCAACGAGAUGAAGAAGAUGCAGGCGGGCGAGUUCUGCUGCUGGAUCUGCACGCCGUGUGAGCCCUACGAGUACCUGGCCGACGAGCUGACCUGCGUGCCCUGCACGGCUGGCCAGUGGCCGACCGAGGACCUGACAGGCUGUUACGACCUGCCUGAGGACUAUAUCAUGUGGGAGGAUGCCUGGGCCAUCGGGCCUGUGGCCAUCGCCUGUGUGGGAAUCAUCUGCACCUCCCUGGUAGCUGGCAUCUUCAUCCGGCACAACAACACGCCGCUGGUGAAGGCGUCCGGCCGCGAACUCUGCUACAUCCUGUUGUUGGGUGUCCUCAUGUCCUACUCCAUGACGUUCUUCUUCAUCGCCAAGCCAUCACCGGCCAUCUGUGCCCUGCGCCGUCUUGGUCUGGGCACUUCCUUCGCCGUCUGCUACUCGGCGCUCCUCACCAAGACCAACCGCAUCGCCCGCAUCUUUGGUGGUGUGAAGGACGGCGCCCAGCGUCCGCGUUUCAUCAGCCCAAGCUCUCAGGUCUUCAUCUGCCUGAGUCUCAUCUCCGUCCAGCUGCUCCUGGUGUCCAUCUGGCUGCUGCUGGAGGCGCCGGGGACGCGGCGCUUCACCCUGCCGGAGAAGCGCGAGACGGUCAUCCUGAAGUGCAACGCGCGCGACUCCAGCAUGCUGCUGUCCCUGGCCUAUGACGUGCUGCUUGUCGUCCUGUGUACCGUGUACGCCUUCAAGACCAGGAAGUGUCCCGAGAACUUCAACGAGGCCAAGUUCAUCGGCUUCACGAUGUACACCACCUGCAUCAUCUGGCUGGCCUUCCUACCCAUCUUCUACGUGACCUCCAGCGACUACAGAGUACAGACCACCACCAUGUGCAUAUCGGUCAGUCUGAGUGGCUUCGUGGUGCUGGGCUGCCUGUUUGCCCCCAAGGUUCACAUCAUCGCGUUCCAGCCGCAGAAGAACGUCACCAGCCACCGGCUGAACCUGAACCGCUUCAGCGUCAGUGGCACGGCCACUACCUACUCGCACGGUGAGGCCUCAGCGGCGUCGGGGGGUGCCAAUUACGUCCCGACUGUCUGCAACGGGAGAGAGAUUGUGGACUCAACCACCUCGUCCUUGUAACCCACCGUCAAACUCGCUGUCGCAGCUGUUAGACUGUUAGCCAAUUUGCACAUAUUGUGCAUCUCCUAUGAGCUAGUAUCAUUUACGUAGAAAUUAAAUUAUUUUUAAGGGCUGUACAUAUUAACUGAUGUUGUAGACAAAAAAGAAAACAUUUCUAGGAUGUUUUGAUAGUUUAUUAUACCUUGUAUAUAAUCAUAAACUUCACUGGUAAAUGGUUUCCAUUGGGUUAGCUAAGCUCUGAAUGGCGAUCCCAGACAAUGUUUUUUCAUGCCAUUUUAUAGACCUCACGGUAAUAAUCAGCGGGUUAUACAUUUCUAUGUUGUACAUAUGUAUAUUAUGUCUAACUGAUGGUUUCAACAGCACAGUAACAAGUUAGCUGUAUGUAAGAUGUGUGCUGGGGAGGGCAAGAGAGUCACGUGACACAGGGAUGGGAGGAAGGAACGGGGCUUUAUUUGGGACCAGGAGCAGAGAUGGCUUUAGAGAAUGGUGAGGAGGGACAAGCACAAAUGGCAGCCAUUUUGGAAUUGUUAUAUAAGCUAAACAUAUAAACGAAGUGGGUGGCAUGUCUUCAGGGAAGCAACAGUGGAGUGUAGGAAAAGGCAUCGAGGUCUGGGCAAAAAAUGAAAAAACGGAAAAAAAACAGACCCUAUUUUUAAUGAAUCCGUGAUAAGGCAUGUCCUGACUCGUCCACGCCUCUCUGUCUGACACCACUUUACCGGAAUCAUCUCUGGAAGACAGCCAUUUAGACCCCCUGACACUCAGUUCCUUCCACAGAUAUGUCACGGCUGCAGGUUGUCUUCAAGAUGGUGGAAUCAGCUAUGGAGAAUUUACCCAUAUAAUAUGUGACCCUCAGUAAAAAUUUAAUAAUUUUUACACUCAGUAAAAACAAUGUAAUGUUUAAGAAUGGCUAGUUGUGCCUUAACUUACGUCUUGUAGUUUUAUACUGAAGCCUUGCUGUUAGAUUUUGUGCAUGUAGGACGUGGCAGGGAGCCACCUUUGUAUGAGUUGUUUACAUUUUCGUACCGUGUCGUACUUUUGACCUCAUUCGUGAGACUGUUUUCAGAGACUCAAACUUCUACCAAGUGCUGCUGAUAUUACAGAAAGCUUGUCUGUGUCCAUUAGUGGCUUGCGUUUGAAGGGUUAGAGACUAGCUCUCGUUUUUAGUGACACAGGAAGUCAGCAGGAAACCGACACCUGAGCCCAAAGCCAGUGACGU